AUGGCCUUUACCAUUUAUAAAAAAAUGAAAGAAUUUGCAUGGAGAAGAUGUCUUAAUGAAGGAAUUCCAAUAAAACUCGUAUUAAAAGAGAAUGAAAAGGACUUUAUUGUAAGGGAAGGUAUAAAUAACUCAUUACUAAGCAUAGGAAAUAUAUCCAACAGUAAUAUAUUACUAUUAGAUGGCUUACCAGGCGUACAGCAUAAACUACUCACAGAUAUAUACGGUAUAAAAGAGAGGACAGUCAGUAUUAUAUGCAGGAUCACAGGUAUACAACAGAAACAGGACAGGGAGGAGGUUCAUAAGAUAUAUUCUAUGCACCCAUUUAUAUAUACGAAAUCAGUGAGUGUCACACCAGGCCAUACGGAUAUAUUAGUCAUAUUUGACACUCAUCACAGUAUGAGCACGUAUGCAGUGACUCUUACUAAGAAAGGGAGGACAACGAAUGAUUCAGUGGAGUUAUUAGCCAGGUUAUUAAGGUUAGAGAGUAAUCAGAUAAAUUAUGCAGGGAACAAGGACAAGAAAGCCAUUACUACACAGAGGAUAAGUGUAACAGGUGUACCGUAUUUAAAUAUUUAUAAAUUAGCAAAUUUUAUUAAUAAUAACGGUAUUACCAAAAGUAGUAAUAACGGUAUUACCAAAAGUAGUAAUAUAACCCCAGAAGAUAUUUCAGAAUUAUUAAAAAUACCUGAUAAUGAUUCAGUUAAUAAAAUAAAUUCAUUAUUCUCAGGGUGUACCAGGGACUUACACCAGGACAGUCUUAAUGGGCUCAGUGACUUAAGUGGAAUAAGCACACUACCACUAAGUAGUAUUAUACAGGACAUAAGGAGGAUUACAGCAGAGUACAAUAAUUCAACAGAACCUGAGCAGACAGAUGCCCAGUACAAGGACAUAACUAAUUCUAUAACGGAGGAUACAAUUAUACUUACGAAUAUAGAAAGGAUACCAAAAAAAAUACAAUUAGGAGAUUUAGAAAAAAACAGAUUUUAUUUACGGUUAGAAAUAACGGACAAAAUAAAAAAUAAAGAAAUAACGGAAGAAAUAACGGAAGAAAUAAAAAAUAAAGAAAUAACGGAAGAAAUAACGGACGAAAUAAAAAAUUUAGAGGACCGAAUUAACUUACUAAAAGUAGAAGGAUUUCCGAAUUAUUAUGGAAAUCAAAGGUUUGGCUAUGGACUGAGUAAUCCUGAUGUAGGGGAGUUAAUUAUAAAGAAGGAUUUCAAAGGCGCAAUUAGUAAAAUCAUUGAAAAUUUAGGAAAUUUAGAGAAUUCACCCAGAGUAAAAGAAGCACUAACGUAUUUACACCAGGAGAAGUAUUCUGAUGCGAGGAAUACCCUACCAGGAAAAUUUCAAACAGAAAAAACCGUUAUUUAUUCAUUAGAGAAGAAAAUUCCUGCAAAAAUAAUAUUCAGCAGGAUAAGGAGAGAAACAAGAAUGAUCUACUUACACAGUUAUCAGAGCAAACUAUUCAAUGACGUAUUACAACAGAGACUAAUUAAUGGCGUACGUAAUAAUGAGUAUAUAACAGGUGUAAGCAUAGGGUCUAUAACAAGCAAGCAGCAGAUAGACCAAUUAGUCACAGUAUCUGAUACUCCCAAUAUAAGUAAUACAGUGAUACCUUUAUAUCCCAUUGAAGAGAUUGGUGCGAGUAAGCAUGAGAAAGUGGUUGGUUUAACUGGUGGGUACAGGAAGGCCAUUAUUAUACCUGAAAAUUUGAAUUAUUCCGUUAUUAAUUUCAGGUACUUAGAGAUUUCAUUUGAUUUACCACCUGGUGUGUAUGCCACUAUGCUUAUAAAGGAGCUUACCUGCAAUGGUGUAGUAGAGAUAGGGUGGUAAUACACCACUGACUAAUAGAAGAGGUCUUAAGGAGUACUUAAGGAGUGAAGAGAACUAUUUGAACCUAUUAAUAAACUGGUUAGUCAU